CCCUCCCCAUCCCCUCCCCCCACCCACGCCGCCUCGGCUCGGAGACUCAUCUCUCCCUCUUCCUCCUCCUCCUCCAUCGCCGCCAUGGACGACGACGACGAGUUCGGCGAUCUCUACACCGACGUCCUCCACCCCUCCUCCGCCGCCGCCGCCGCCGCAGCUGUCGCGCCCGGCGCCGAUCGGAUCGCGAUUGAGGUAUCCCCGUCUCAUCCCCCUCAAACCCUAGCUCCAGCGGCGGCGGCGGGGGCGGCGGCGGCGGCGGAUGAGCUCGGCGGCGGUGGGGACGAUGACGGCGACGAUGACUGGCUCCUCGGCCGCGCGCCGCCCGCCGUGGAGGCGCCGGCGAAUUGGGACGAUGACGAGGAGGAUGGCGCGUCUACGAGAACGGCCGAUGCCGUGGGAUCCUAUGCUCGGGACGAGAGCGGGGCUAGGGUUUUGGAGAAGGGUAACAACGAGGGGAACGGAGCUAGGGUUUCGCAAAUCUCGGAGGGCGGCGCCGAUGUGAUGGAGGAGGAUGAGGGAACUGGGGUUCAAGUGGACGGCGGCGGGGAUCAAUUAUUGAAAGGUAAAAUUGAGGAGAACACGGAUGUUGGCGAUCUGGAUCAGGUCCCGGCCAUCCCGGGCCUCUCAUCUGGCCCGCCCGCUCCGGCGCCGUUUCUGGGCCGCGAUCCGAAGCCCUCCGGGAGCGAAGAUUGGGACAGCGACAGCGAGGACGAUCUGCAGAUCGUGCUGAACGACGACAACUAUGGCAUGCUCGGCGGCCUUCGCGAUGGAAGGGGAGGGGUGGAGGACGGAGACGAAGAUGAGGACGGCGAGGAGGAUUUGGUUAUUGUUACUGAUGAGGAUCAGCUCCACCACCACCAUCUACCUGCCGCGGAGGAGCAGGAUUGGGGGGAAGAGGGUAUGCAGGCGGGCGGGGAUGGGGAGAGGAAGGACGGCGGAGAGGGAGCGCAGAAAGGGAGCGGAGCCGGUGGUGCCGCUGCGUCUGCACGGAUCGGGUACAGCAAUCAUAGCUUCCAUCCGCCACCGCACCAUUCCAUGUUCAAGUACGUAAGACCUGGUGCGGGACCCAUAUCAGGUGUUGGCAGUGCUAUCGGCCCUCAAGGUCAAAUCCGUCCUCCUCUUCCAUCUGGGCCUCUUGCUGGUCGAGGGAGAGGUGAUUGGAGGCCUCCGUUAGGUAGAGGCAUUGGGAAUGCGCAGAAGGGUUUCUACCCAAUUGGUUCUUGGAAUAAUUCAUCAGCUCGUGCAUUUGGCACUGGAUUGGAUUUUACGCUUCCCCCACACAAGACGGUAUUUGAUAUUGAGAUUGAUAGUUUUGAGGAAAAACCAUGGAGAUAUCCUGGAGCUGAUGUUUCAGAUUUUUUCAACUUUGAACUUGAUGAGGACAAAUGGAAAGAGUACUGCAAACACCUGGAACAAAUGCGUUUGGAGGCUACCAUGCAAAGUAAAAUCCGUGUUUAUGAAAGUGGACGAUCUGAGCAGGAGUUCGAUCCAGAUUUACCCCCUGAACUUGCCGCUGCAGCGGGCUAUCAUGAUAUUUCUACUGAUAAUGGGCGCCUUAGUAAGGCUGAUAAUGGACAAAUUGAUGUUAAUAGCCAAGGAAGAGGACCUGCUAAUGUUCGACCACCAUUACCAACUGGGAGGGCGAUACAGGUUGAAGGUGGUUAUGGUGAACGUCUUCCCUCUAUUGACACUAGGCCACCUCGUAUGCGUGAUUCAGAUGCAAUUAUAGAAAUUGUGUUACAGGACUCUGUGGAUGAUCCGGUUAUGUAUAAUGGUGUGCUAGAGCAACCUGAGAAGGAUUUCCAGGGUGAACGUACUAAAGAUUCCUAUGAAGUUAAAGAAGAUGAAAGAAAUGACGCGUCAGACUACAUGGAUCACAUUAAUUCUUCCACAAAUAGGAGGGUUCCUACUAGACGAGCACCCUUGUCAUCCGAAGGAGGAGACAAUGCCUUGCUUCCCUCCGAGACUCAAGAUCAGUACCCACCUCCCAAUUUCAAAACUAAGAGCCCUGUAAAUGGUGGUUCUUCUGGUGCACAUCAUGGAGGGAGGUUGCCUCAACAAAUAUCAACUGCAAGACACUCGCCUUCAAGUGGCAGAAAAUCUAAUGAUGCAAUUCGUACCCAACCUACCAACUCAGAAGGACAUGAUGAUCAUCAAGAUGAUCUCCAACUAGUUGAGAACAGUGAAAUUAAUGAGAAGUCUGAGGUAUCACCCACCAUUGAAGAUAGAUUUGACGAAAACGAAGACAAGCUCGAACUACAUGACAGCAUUGAAGGAGGAGAUGACGCCAAUUCAGAUAUUCACCAAUCAAGUGAGACUCUUGGUGAGGACAAUGACUUAGCCCAUUCUGGCAAGAAGUCGAAGCUAAGUUCGCGAGUCGAGCAUUCUUUGGCAUUCGAUAAUGACGAUGAGGAUAUGCAGCGGACCUCGCAUAGUGAGAACAGCAGGGCAAAGUCUGGGAGCAGUAGGGAAUAUCACAAGCGCCCUGAACUUGGGGAAGAAGUUGUACAAGAUGAACGAUCCAGGCGGUUAAGUGAUUCUAAGUGGCGCCGUGAAGGAGAAGAAAGUAAUUUCCGAAGAGUGGACGGCCAACACCAUGAAAGAAGCCGUACAGUUCCCAAAGGGAGGGAAGAUAUAUACCACCCUUACUCUCAUAGAGAUUUGGAUAGAGGAAGGAAUUUUGAGAUGGUGAGGGAGGCAGAUGUCUGGCAGAGGAGAGAAGAAGCCCUUCAUGGUAGAAGAGUUAAAGACGAAGAUAUCAGGCGAGAGCAGAGUUUGGAGGCAGGUAUGAGACACAGGAGUAAGGUUAGAGCAAGCGAUCGGACUGAGAGGGAUGAAGACCUUCAUAAGAAACGAGUCGACGACAGAGACUGGAGAGGCUCCAGACCAAGGGAGAGGGACGAUAUCCUGAUGAAUCGUCGCGAAACCCUAGAUGAUUCGCACACCAAGAGAAAGAAGGAUGAGGAGAGCUCGAGAAGAGUCAAACUUGAGAAGGAAGAUCUAUCGUAUAGGGCUAAGGAAGAAUCCAGCCGAAGGAAGAGAGAGAGGGACGAUGGAGUGGAUCAAAGGAGGAGAGAGGAUAAUACAAGAAUAAGGGAUAAAGUUGAGGACUACUAUCCUUCCAAGCAUAAAGAAGAUAGUUUGCAUCACAGGGAGCGAGAGGAUAGACAAAGGUCUAAACAACCUCACGAAAGUACAUCAACACAUCGUGAGAGAGAGGAAGGGCGAGGAGCAGUAAGGAGCGGACGGGCUGGAGAGGAUAAGCUAUAUGGUAGCAGUAGGAAUAAGGAAGAUUUGAAGCCUGUGGGGGAUAAGAUCUAUCAGGACAAAGAACGUAGACGGCAAAACGAGUCCGCGAAGAGAGAUCAAAUUGGGGAAGAAACUUCAAUGCAGCAUAAAGGGCGUGAUGAAAGAAUCUCGAGACAUGAUAGAGUAAGUUCUCAAAAUUACCACUCUUCAAGUGGGUCUGGCGGCCAUCAUAUGUACAUGGAACAGAAGGAGACUAUGAGAAAACGCAAGAGCUCUGAACCUAGUGAGCAAAAUUCUCAGCGGCCUGGAAAGAGGAGGCAUCAGGACCACAGUGCUCACCAAAAUGAGAAGGGCAAUAGCAAAGGCCAAACCGACCAAGAAAUCAUCCCCUCAUCCAAGAAGAACCGUUCCGAAACUCGUGAACAAUCAGAGGCUCAUCUCCGUGGUCCAUUCAUGAAACAAGGGAAGGAAGAGCCCACCUCAGACGACGAUAAUAUAGGAGACUCUAGAAGGGGACGUUCUAAGCUGGAGCGUUGGACCAGCCACAAGGAGAGGGAUUUCACUACUGUCGAUGCAACAAAAGCAUUCACCACCUCAAGCAGGGCAAAGGAGGCCGAAACCCUAAACACCGAUGAGUUAGGAAAAACUGAAGCUAACGAUAAUAAUGCCGGAAGUUCCAACCCUAACCCUAGCGCUAAGGAUGGCGAUUUGGGACAGGUCACAGAAAAGGUAGCGGAGGACCGGGACCGCCACCUGGACACGGUAGCAAAGCUUAAGAAGAGGAGCGAGCGCUUUAAAUUGCCGAUGCCGGUUGAGAAGGAGACAGUGCAGAAUAAAGUAGCAGAGAACGAAAUGCCUAAACCCGUGAAUGAAGCUGUUCCACCCGAGAUGGAGGUUAAACCAGAGAGGCCGGCUCGUAAGAGAAGGUGGACAGGGAGUUGAUUAAUUCCUUGAGACCAUUGAAGAUAUUCGUCGCACUCUGACAGUUACAACGGUUCAUCUUUGCUCAUCUCUCAUCAGUGUGGCCUGCUAUAUACAGAGGAGAUGGCUGCUUUGGAGGAACAUUGCUGAGGCUUCAAUAUUAUUCAGAUUGAAGCUGAAACCGACCAUCCUGAGAUCAUAUCGAAUGACCGUGUUGUAACUUAUGCACCCUGGAUAUGUACUCUGGAUGCUAUCUUUCUUUCUUUCCCCUGAUUUUGUUUCUUUUUCCUUCUCUCUUUUUUGGAUCCCAACAACUUGUAAUACAUAUAAGGCACUAUGAUGCCGUUGAACCGCACUGGACAUUUAUGAUGAAUUGCUUCAAGAAAGGCGCGAAAUUGAUGGCCGACGCACUGCGACCUGCUGGUCCGAGGCAGCGAGAAUCUCUAUCCUGCUCCACAGGCGGCGAACCGGAGGAAACUCUGGCUUUUAUUGGAUUUCCUCCUUAUCGUUGCUGAUUCUUUUCCCUCUUUCGUCCUGCAAGAUUCAUGUGCAAGCUACAAUGAGUCAUUGUAGCUGGGAAAGAUUUCCAGGUGGAAAAUGCAGUAACUGGUUGUCAAGGUUCGGCGCAUCUUGAUGUGCGAAAGCAAGAAGCCGAAAACACGAAUCUGGAACUUUCUGGUCUGAGAUCAUAGGCCCCUGCGAUCCAUGUAACGAUUUGCAUGCUUGCGUUCAACUGUACACGAAAAUGCUUGAUGAAUGGGGGGACAUGCAUGGUCGAGACAUGCGCUCGACCGAAUGGGGGGAAAUCGGUUGGUUUUAUCUCCCGACGAAGUGAAUGUCGGCUUUCGGUCAUUCGAAAGCGAGAGCAUAUCUGUAGUUCGGAGGUUUUGGUUGCUGUUUGUCACCCUUGUGAUGGUGAGCCUGGGAGCUCAUGCUACUCUGAAUUGCUCCACCAUAUGUUUGUGCUCUUCUCACAAAUGCUUGUUUCUGUUGAUUUUUCCUGUUUCCUGAUGGUCUCUGCUUGUUUC